AUAUCGAUAAGGGUACCUCACUGACCUGAGAAACCUCCCCUUAUCUUUACAAUCUGACAUCUGGAAGGAACGAUUAACAGUUUACUGUUUUGCUUGCUUUGGGAAAGGACUCUAAUCUAUAUCAACGGGAUGUAUUCUACAUAAUAAAAUUGAUUUUGAAUUCUGAAGACUGAGACGCCACAUACUAAACGGAGAACAGGACCAAGUGAUACAAGAUGGGUUCCUUGUACCGUAGUGAGGAGAUGUGCCUGGCCCAGAUAUUCUUGCAGUCUGAGGCGGCAUAUUCAUGUGUAGCAGAGCUGGGAGAACUAGGCCUGGUGCAAUUUAGAGAUCUGAAUCCAGAUGUAAAUGCAUUCCAACGCAAGUUUGUGAGCGAGGUCCGCCGAUGUGAUGAAAUGGAACGAAGGCUACGUUUCUUUGAGAAAGAGGUGACAUCGAGCGGUAUCUCCAUCUUGAACACCGGAGAGAAUCCUAAUGCUCCUGCACCAAGAGAGAUGAUUGAUCUAGAGGCCUGCUUUGAGAAAUUAGAGAAUGAACUGAAGGAGGUGAAUACCAACCAAGAAGCCCUGAUGAGAAACUUCUUGGAGCUGACUGAACUCAAGCACAUCCUGCAGAACACACAGACUUUCUUCUCAGAGGGUAACAGGCCUGAUGAAGCAUUUGGAUUUUCUGACAUGCAACUUGGAUUUGUGACUGGUGUGAUUCGACGUGAACGCAUCCCUGCAUUUGAGCAGAUGCUGUGGCGAGUUUGCCGUGGCAACGUGUUCCUGCGUCAGGCUGAGAUUGAAGAACCUCUCAAGGAUCCUAGCACAGGAGAAGAGGUUUGGAAGUCUGUCUUCAUCAUCUUCUUCCAAGGAGAUCAGCUUAAGAUCAGGGUCAAGAAGAUCUGUGAAGGAUUCCGAGCCACCCUUUAUCCCUGCAAUGAGACUGCAGCUGAGAGAGCAGAGACCUCCAUGGCUGUGCUUACAAGGCUGGAAGAUCUACAGAAGGUUCUGAGCCAGACUGAGGAGCAUCGCCAGCGCCUCCUCUCCCUGGCGUCCAAGAGUCUGCGGGUGUGGUUCAUCAAGGUACGCAAGCUCAAGGCCAUCUACCACACCCUCAAUCUCUUCAACCUGGACGUCACCCAGAAGUGUCUCAUUGCGGAAUGCUGGUGCCCUGUGUCUGAUCUGGAUCAGAUCAACCUGGCUCUGCGCAGAGGAACGGAAGUAAGCGGGUCAUCCGUACCAUCCAUCUUGAAUCGCAUCACAACCGACGAGGAGCCACCCACCUAUAACAAGACCAACAAAUUUACCAAGGUUUACCAGAGUCUUGUGGACUCCUACGGUGUAGCCAACUACAGAGAAGUCAAUCCAGCUCCUUUCACUAUCAUCACUUAUCCAUUCCUCUUCUCUGUGAUGUACGGUGAUAUGGGUCACGGCUUGAUCAUGUUCCUCUUUGGACUGUGGCUGGUGGUGAGGGAGAAACAACUGCACGCCUCCCUAGCCAAUCAUGAGAUGUUUGGGAUGUUGUACGGCGGUCGCUAUGUCAUCAUGCUGAUGGGUCUCUUCUCCGUCUACUCUGGCUUCCUCUACAAUGACUGCCUCUCCAAUUCGGUCAAUAUAUUCGGCUCAACUUGGAAUGCUACUAACAUGAAUUAUACUGAUGAGUUACUGAGUCAAGACAUCUCUUUAGGUCUGGAUCCAAAGUACUCUGCUACAGGAGCAGUCUAUCCCAUUGGUAUUGAUCCUAUGUGGCAGCUAUCUACCAACAGUAUAAACUUUCUCAACUCAUACAAGAUGAAACUGUCCGUAAUCCUUGGAGUCAGCCAGAUGACGUUUGGUGUGUUCCUCAGCUUCUGCAAUCACAGAUACUUCAAGAGGUCCCUGAACAUCUGGGGUGAAUUCGUCCCACAGCUCAUCUUCAUGAUCUCCAUCUUUGGCUACCUGGUCGUCCUCAUCUUCGUCAAGUGGCUGAUCUACGACGUGUGGAAUGAGAACUCUGCCCCCAGCCUCAUCCUGACCCUCAUCAAUAUGGGUCUCCUCACCCCACCAGACCCUCCUAUGUUCCCAGGACAACCAUCGCUGCAAAUCUUUCUGGUUCUGUUAGCCGUGUCUUGUAUACCAUGGAUGCUCUUCGUCAAACCGGUCGUACUUUAUCUGCGGCAUCAGAACAGACCUCUAAGCACCUAUCUAACCUGGCCCAAUCGAGGAACAGCCGAUGCAAGCGGACUACUGUCCUCGGACACCCAGGCAGUCAUCAACCAAGAUGAGCUAGCUAUCAAUAAUAGUGAUGCAGAAGACCCUGAGACCAGUAAUCACCUGGAGCAACCAGCGUCACUGGUUCCUAAAGAGUUCGAUUUUGGGGAGACCUUUAUCUACCAAGCUAUCCAUACGAUCGAGUACUGUCUCGGCUGUAUCUCACACACAGCGUCUUACCUUCGACUCUGGGCUCUCAGCUUGGCCCAUUCUGAGCUGUCAGAAGUCUUGUGGAACAUGCUGCUGGCCAUUGGGCUGAGGAUGAAUGGUUUUGUAGGGUCCAUAGCGACGUUUGGAUGCUUUGGAGCUUGGGCUAUCCUCACCGUGGGUAUCCUGCUCUUCAUGGAGGGUCUAUCUGCUUUCCUUCACACCCUGCGUCUCCACUGGAUUGAAUUUCAGAGCAAGUUCUAUAAAGGAGAGGGCCAUCCGUUCUUGCCGUUCACGUUUGAUGCCAUCCUAGAAGGAAAGGAGGAAUAAAGAUGGUGCACAUUCUCCCACAAUCGAUGCCCCUUAUCUAUACCCCUCCCCAGGAUGAAAGAAGAAACUCAUAAAGGGCUUAUAUCUUCACCUUCUUCAUUUGGAGUUUGUCAUCUUUCAAAAGUUUUCUUCUUUCAAUGUAUUAUUCUUUCCAAAUUUCUGUAUAUUCCCCCAGAUCUUUUAGCUUUGUUGAUAUUAUAUGAUAUGCAUGGAUGUAAAGUUGUGGUAUUUGUUGAAUACGUAUGAAUAUUUGUAUUGAAUCUAUUCAGAAGAAUGUUUAGUAGAAAUAGACAUAAGUGGAAUUUAUCUAGUGAAUCACGGUAAAAAAAAACCUUCUAUACCAAAACGUCUGUGCAAUGUACGAAGUAAUCAUCAUUACAUGUAUGUGAGAUAAAGAUUAACAAAAAGUUAUAUCAAAUUCUAUUAGACUACUACAAUUACUGAUUCCAAAGAAUAUCACCUAAAGAUGUUUUAUUAAAGUACUCUAUAUAGGAAUUGUUAUAGUGUUCCUAGGUAUGCUUGUAUUCAUGUAUUGUAUUACACAAACUGUACAACUGGUGAUUGUUUUCUGAGUAUUAACCCAAUCGAGUUUUUCUUCUUGAAAUGUGCACCUUUAAAUUGGUUAUGGUAUUUCAUUGAAAAGGGUAAGAAUUGCAUGCAUUUCCUUUCAUUUAUAAAUAACAGUUUAGUGUAGGCAUAUGCAUUGUAAAAAAGCAAAAACAAACUUGUUAAGUACUAGCAACAUUUACAUUUACGAUAUAUUUUGGCAUGGAAUUCCUACAUCAAAGCUUAUGCAAUUUUAUUUAUAGACAACAGAUUUUUAUACUGUUUUCUUACCAAGAAUAAAUGGCACUUGCAUUGAAUUUAUGCUUGUCAUUAAAUACUGAUUAUGACCAACAACAAAAAAUCGUCAUUAAUUAGCAUCCAACCUUCUAUGCAUCCUGAAUGACAUUUUUUUUUUUUUUUUUUUUUUUUCUGCUCCUACCCCAAAUGUUAGGAUUUUGAUUAUAUACAGAUGUACGUCCUGUGUAGUACACAGCAAUUAGAGGCUUAAGCCUUUGAAAGAAAUGUUUAAGAAAUUGGCAAUUUCAGUGAUAUUCAGAGGCUUGCUUUUCAUAUUUUCACAUUGUAUUCCUAUUUAUUGUAUUAUUUUUCCAUUGUACUGAUUUAACAUUGCAAAACAUUUAGUACAUGCUGUACCUGCCUCUAAUUGAAAUAUAUCUAUUUUU